ACAGUUGUAUAAAAAACUUUAAAACGUUUAGACGUUUACUUAACUCCGCAAAACUUUUUACAGAUUGUUAUUCCAUUAAAAAUAUAAUAAAUUAAUAAUAAUAAUAAUAAUAAUGGUAUUCUUCAAAUCCUUAAUCUGCUUGGCUGCAGUUGGUGUUGCUACCGCUGGUGUUUUACAUGGUGCUCAUGGUCCUGCUUAUUAUGCAGCUGCUCCAGCUUUAUAUGCUGGCCAUGCUGGCGCUCAUGCUGCUCCAGCGGCCCAUGACGAAGGAUUGGAUUACUUUGCUUACCCCAAAUAUAAUUAUAAUUACGGCGUUGCUGAUUCACAUACCGGUGAUGUUAAGUCGCAACAUGAAGUACGCGAUGGCGAUGUGGUGAAGGGUUCUUAUUCCCUAGUUGAACCAGACGGUUCAGUACGUACCGUUGAUUAUACCGCCGAUGAUCAUCACGGUUUCAAUGCUGUCGUUCAUAAAACCGCACCCACUGUACAUGCUGUGGCUCAUGCUGCUCCCGCUGUCGUAGCUCAUGCCGCCCCGGCUGUUGUGGCUCAUGCUGCUCCCGCCGCUAUAGCUCAUCACGCCGCUGGUCCUGCUCUUAAUUAUGCUACUGUAGCGCAUCAUGUUGCUGCCGGUCCGGCUCACGGCUAUGGUGGCUAUGCCGGUUAUGCAGGUCAUGGAGCUGCUCAUGGUCAUUAUUAAAAAAAAAAAAAAAAUCACUUUAAGAAAAAAAGCAAACUACGAAUACUCUGUCUCACUCUUAUAAGAAGUAACUGUAAAUUAAUUUAAUAGUGUUUUUUUUUUUUUUUCUCUCUUCUUUUUAAAUUAAGUUUAAGGCAAAACACACAAAAUUCAUUGAUAACAACGGUAUAUAGUGUAAAGGAUAUGAAAAUGGGCAUUUAAUUGUAAAAAAAAAAAAAAAAAAAACAACAAAAAAAAAACGGUCAACACAAUGAACUAAAACUGAAGCUGAAAUCGAACCAGCAUAAGCAACA